AAAACACAAAUCUGAUACAUGCGCAGAAAACCCCGGCGAAAUGACGUCACUCACAGCGCGAACGAGGAGGAAGAGUGAGCAGAGGCAAAAUGGCGGCGGAAGACGCUUGAUGUUUCAAGGAGAUGGAGGGUGAGGUGAGUCUGGUCGCUGGUCGCAGUCAGAGAGAGAAGAGAAGAUCUUACAAAGAUCUGCUGAGAGAAGAGGAGAUAAUUGAUGCUGAGGUCAGGAAGACCUCCAAGAAACGUCUCAAGACCUGCUCUCCACAGGAGUCUGAUGGCUUUUACACUGGUGCUGAAUUUCACAAGAAGAAGAAGAAACAUGAUGAAGAUCACAGCUCUGGAUCCCACCAUAAAAAGAAGCGUCCAUCAGAGCUCUCGCUGCUAUCACUGCCAGACACGUGCAGAUCUCCUCAGAGCGGCAUGACAGCGAUGGGUCUCCUGCAGGCCAUCACCUCCUCCACUGCGGUGGGCUCCGACGUGCCGUAUGCCCUGUCCAUGCCAAAGGAGCGCCGGACAGAACUGAGAGACUCCUGCAGGAAGCCACAAGUGAUGCGAGAUGCACUUCCUGUUGUGGGAGAGGAGGUGGAGCUGGAAGGUCAUUACGGAGGAUGUCAUGAUGUUAUCGCUGACAGCAGCGGCUCAUCUUCGGCUGACAGUGACGGAGGAAAACUGAUGAUUCAUGAGUCCUCCACUCACAGCAAGAAAAAGAAAAAGAGUAAAAAGAGCAAGAAAAAGAGAGAGAGAGAGCGGCUCCGUGAGAAAAAACACAGCAGUAAAACAGCCAAGAGAUCAGCAGCAGCCAAUGGCAGCGCAGAAUGGAGCGAGUACACUACAGGUCAUCACAGCCGAGAGGAGAAGAAGAAGAAGAGAGAGGAAGGAGGCAAACACAAGAGUAAAGAAAAGAAGAAGAAGGUGUUGACGGCAUAUCAGAUCUUCUAUAAGGAGUACAGGAACAGUAUUCUGGAGGAGGAGCCUGGACUCGAUUUUGGGGACUUGAGUAAAAGACUGGCUGAUGCCUGGAAACAGCUCCCUGAGGGAGAUAAACAGGUUUGGCGAGAGAGAUCUGUGUAUCUGCAGCGCAAGCAAAUGAAAUCGGAUGCUGUUAAACACGUGAAACACCUUAAAGAACAACGAACGUCUCAAAAGGUCAAAGACAGCAGCAGGGUCAAAGGACAUUAUUCAAGUGGGGUUGUGACCCCUGCAGCUGGAACAGUUGUGUUGAAGCAUCCGGAAACCACAGUCACACCAGUUCAGAAUGGAUCCGCACCGCUAUCUGUUUCCAUGGUGACACGCUCCCCCAUCAGAGAGCCAGAUGUUGACCCCAUUGAUGCUGCCGCCCACCUGCAGCUGCUCGGAGAAUCCCUGUCUCUGAUUGGACGCAGACUGCAGGAGACUGAAGGGAUGGUGACAGUCUCUGGUUCUCUGUCGGUUCUGUUGGACUCUGUUCUGUGUGCUCUCGGUCCGUUGGCCUGUCUCACCACACAGCUGCCAGAACUCAAUGGCUGUCCACAUCACGUGCUGUCCAACACUCUGGAUAAUAUCGCUUACGUGAUGCCGGGUUUAUGAACAAAAAAGAUGCACGCUGAUGCUGUUGAGACAUCUCCACUUACAGAUGAAAUCAUCAACUAAAGACUUACAGACUUGCUCAGUUUUGCACUGGACAAGCUCACAGACACUUUUAACAUUUCUUAAAGCCCCAUUUUUAUCUGAUCUAACCUUGUUUUUUGUAUUUCUGUUGUUUUUCUUUCAAUAAAAUGUGUUUUAGUAUUU